UAUGAGGGUCUCUGUCCUGAGAGGGUAGUGAAUCCACAGCCUCCGAGCAACCAACAUGAAGAUAUUAUUAGUGCUUUGCCUGUGUAUCUGCACUUUGCCUAUCUAUCAGUCCCUGGCUGAUGAGCUGGAUGAGUAUGAUGAUUAUGGUUUGGAUCCAAAGGAUAAAGAAGGUGCCGUAAUUGAUCCCAGAGGUCACCGUCCAGUCUCCAGAGGUCGCGAGACGUACGUGCCGAGUGGCGGCGCACCCCCUCCUAUCUCCGGCCGUGGUCGUUACCGUGGGAGACCAACAGCUGCACCCACUACAUCAAAGCAGGAGCAGAAGGAGGAGCAGCCAGAUGCAGGAGGCUGUACCCAUGCCUCAGAAAGAAUGGGCGUGCUCUGUCCCAAUGGCUGUGAGCUGAAGAACACCAUCCUCAAGCAAGAGCGUAACGUCAAACCCACAGUGAAUGAGCUGAAGAGGGGUGUGGAGGAACUGAACCGCGACACAAACAGCAUCUACAAAUACGUUAAUGGGUUGUCCGACGAGCUCCGUGAGCGCCAGAGAGUGACCGAUGGCAAUGGGCAGCUGGUGGGCGAAUACACCAAUGACCUGGAGUCCCAGCAUGCCUUCAUCAAAGAGGCGGUCAACACCAACUUCCCCAGCAACAUCCGCAUCCUGCAGGGCAUCAUGGACACGCUGCGGAGCAAGGUCCAGCGCAUCAGCCAGGCCAUCGUAGCUCAGCGGGAUAAGUGCAAGGACCGCUGCACCGUCACUUGCCCCAUCCCCGUCGUGUCCGGCAAGGAGUGCGAGGACAUCUACCGCAAGGGUGGCACCGAGUCCCAGAUGUAUUACAUCCGGCCUGACAGCUUCUACAAGCCCUACAGGGUGUACUGCGACCAGACCACACUCGACGGAGGCUGGACUACUAUCCAGAAUCGUAUGGAUGGUAGUGUGGAUUUCGGCCGUCGCUGGGAUGAGUACAGGAGAGGCUUUGGCAAUAUCGCUUUUGACACAGGCAAAAAGUACUGCAACACUCCAGGAGAGUACUGGCUCGGCAACGACCGCAUCAGCCAGAUUACCAAGAUGGGCCCGACUGAGAUCCUUUUCGAGAUGGGGGACUGGAGCGGCGCUAAGACGCAGGCCCGGUACCAGCAGUUCACCGUGCAGGGCGAGGCCUCCAACUACAUGGUGUCCAUCGCCGGCUACUCUGGCACCGCAGGCGACACCCUGCUGACCGGUGCCUCGGAGCUAUUUGGAGAGAAUCGCACCAUGACCAUCCACAACGGCAUGAUGUUCAGCACAUACGAUCGCGACAAUGACAAAUGGACCCCGGGUGACCCCUCAAAGCAGUGCUCCCGAGAAGACGGCGGCGGCUGGUGGUACAACCGCUGUCACGCAGCCAACCCCAACGGCCGAUACUACUGGGGCGGCUCCUACACCAAAUACAUGGCCAAGCAUGGCACAGAUGACGGCAUGGUGUGGAUGAACUGGAAGGGCUCCUGGUACUCCCUGAAGUCUAUGUGCAUGAAGAUCAGACCCUUCUUCCAGCAGUAGACCCCAGCGGACACGCAGCGGUCAGAGACGCCCAGGAAUGUUUGGUCAACAUGCAGAGCGUGAGGAGAGAGGAGAGUCUUUUUCUACAAUGGACAUUAGCACACAUAGACACUCUGGAAGAGAUACAGGAGAAACAAAACAUGAAGCCAAAAAAUGCUGAUAGAGAUCAGAAAAGUGAUAGAGUUUAAAUUGUGUUAUAUUUAUAAUAGCACAAGACAUUGAUUGUUGAUCUGAGUUUUACGGAGCUGUUGAUGAUAUUAAAUACAUUUCAUGAAGCAGAGAAAUGCUGCAUUAAAGCUAAACUGGUUUUCAUGCUACGGUGUAAAAGAAUACUGAAUAUGUAAAUGUGUGUAUGUUCAAAGUGGAUUUUCAAGAUAAACUUGCAAUAAAGUCUCUGAGAAAAUA